AAAGACUCGGAACCAAAACCCGAGCGAAUUUUUUAGAUCAAACGGGCCGUCGAAAAAGGUGGGGGUUUUAUUCCCCGGGUUCUCUUCGUUCGCUCGCGUGAGCCCGAGCCAGAGCUGAUCUAUUUAGCACGCGACGGGAGCAUCUCGCUCGAUUCGCACCUCGCGAAUCACCCAGCACAGCGAGGGAGCGAGCGGCCGGUGGCGGAGCUCGUCGAAUUCGAAUUGGAUUUCGGUUUUGAUUUGCGGCUGCUCCGGUGUGGGGUGGGAAUUCUCGCCGCCUCCCCCGUGAGGCGAGGAGAGGGCGGCGGCGCGGCAGCGAGCUCGUCCUCGCACCAUUGGGCCGGGAGCCGGCCGGGGCGGUCGCUGGCCGCCGUUGCUGGAGGCAGCUCAGGCAGGUUGAUCCAAAUUCGAGCGCCUCCGAUUUCUGAGAGUAUUUGGGGGCGUGCUCAUGGCCGGCUAGAUCGGGGAGUUUUCAGCUGCUCUGGUUGUGAUGGCAGCUGAUUCCAGCAUGGGGUUUCACCAGGGGAUCACCGCCUCGAUGUACAACCACCACAUGCUCUCCUUCCAGUCCAACAGCGACGUUGGCAUCGGCGGCGGCGCUACCGGUGGUAUGGUCAUGCCCCCGAGGAGCGUGAGUGGGAGCAGUAGCAACGCUGGGCUCUUCCUCUCCUCAAACACCGGCGGAACCGGCAACGCAUCGGGGGUUGGCCCGUCGAGGAGCUCGUCAGGGGAUGGGUUCCGAGGCACCGGUGCUCCCCCCAAGUACAGGUUUGUCACGGGUUCGCCUUGGGAUUGGACUGACCAUGAGCUGGCCAUACUGAAGGAAGGGCUUGCAAGAUAUGCUCGUGAACCUAAUAUCAUGAGGUACAUUAAGAUAGCAGCUAUGCUGCCUAACAGGACCAUCAGGGAUGUUGCGCUGCGAUGCUGGUGGUGUACAGGUAAAGACAGAAGGAAGAAACCUGAUGGAUUUUACAUAGGGAAAAAGAUUAGAGACAUGAAGCCAAUCCAGGAAAAAAUGGGUGCAUCUGUCCCAAUGGCUAAUUUUCACAUGACAUCCACAAACACUGUAACCCCCUUUUCAAUAUCAAUGCAACAACAUCCAAACCAACAAAGUCAGGUUCCCAAAGAAGCAGCUCCUGUUGUCGACAGUGCAACCCAGCGUCUCCUGGAGGAAAAUAAUCAGUUGCUUAACCAGAUUGCUGCAAAUAUCGACACAUUCAAGACAGUGGAGAACGCAGAUCUCUUUCUCCGCACGAGUAGCAACAUAAAAACGAUUUUGAGCAGAAUGAGUGAAACGCCUGGUAUCAUGGGUCGGAUGGAGCCAUUACCUUUAUCUAUAAAUGAAGACCAUCUAAAUUCGCUUAUUCAACUGAACAGAAUGGUUGCAUCAUAUGGCACAGCAAGCAUGUCUCAUCAUACGAAGCAAGAGCCACAAAGCUAAUGUACCAUAUACUGAGGGAAAAAUGAGACGAUCCGAUGGUCGGAGCUUUCCAAUUCUGUAACGUGCUGCGAUGAAGCCUUACAUGUUAUACUGACCAAGCACCAGGGACAGUCACUGCUUUCCAGAGUGUGUUUUUGCAGUGAUCUGAUUGUUUCCAACCCGUCUGCCUGCCUGUCCACCAAUUGUUGAAGCAUUUGCCAGUCCGCAGUUGUGGUACAAGAGCCGCAAGGUAUUUGCUGCUGUUUCUGUUGUACGCAUUAUCCGACAUAUAGACCAGAGUACCAGACACUUGGUCCGGGACUCCGCAAGUGACUGUAAAUAUCGGACGGCUGGAGGCGUUCCAUGUUUUGUUUCUCUGAUUGCUCAUGAAUGUAUUCCUAUUUUUUGCCCCCCGAAAGGGCACUCCAUUGCUCCCAGUAUGUACAAUAGCCAUUGUACUAGAAUGCUAGGCGUAGAACGACUCCAUUUUCUGACAAAUUGGACACUGGAACCCACACCUGUGUUGUCCUGACGAUCCUCAAUUCUUUUUUCCA